CGACAUGUUGUCAGCUAUUAUUCAGGACCAGGAGGUCACCAGGAAGCUACUGGAGAGCAUCCUCGACUCUCCCGGCGGUCGCAAAUCCCUCUCCAGGCUUGCCAGGACCUGCAAAGCCUUCUGCGAGCCUGCCCUCGAUAUCUUAUGGCGAGAGCUGGACUCUCUGUUGCCGCUAGUAGCGCUGUUUCCCAGCAACCUGAUGAAGAGAUCUCGCAAACCCGCUAUGGGAUUUGCCAAAGCUCCGACCAAGAACGACUGGGUCAAGGUCCUUUCCUACGGUCAACGUGUUCGCCGCGUUGCUUACGCUGAGGCGUCCAAAGUAAUGGCGCCUGCUAUUAUCGACACACUGGCAGAGUACAAGCCCGUAAUGUACAUUCUGCCGAAUCUCCAGGAGUUAGUUUGGCGCGUGGGGACUGUCGCAGGUCUGCAGCGUUGCAAGUCCUUCCUCAACCCUGCCCUCCAAAGCCUCACCCUUGAAGUCGGAGCGAGGCUUCCGUACUUGGCAGCUUUCCUGGCUGAUGUGUGCAGCCGCACCCAGCUGGUCUCCUUCUCGCUUACAUCUCCCACCAGCCUCCCCGACAACUUUAGCGACCUUCUGCGCUCUCAGCACACCCUUGAGAAGCUAGUUCUCAUCGCACCCGGUGCUUUGUCCUCCCAAGUAGGACAGUUUGCGGCGUCUUUGCCCGCUUUGCGUUCCCUCGAGCUCGACCUCACGGGCAGGUAUAUCACUGCUGUCGAGGGAUUUUUCGAUGACAUCAUCUACUCCGGCGCUUCCACCCCCAGCGAUGCGUCGUCCGACAGCGGUGUCUUCUCCGCGGACGAUUCCGAGUUCAACUUCAAGGAAAUACGCAGAUCCUCCUUGCAACUUACCGGUGACUUGAAGCACCAUGGCGCCUUCUCCAAACUCCGCCAGCUCCAGCUCAAGGGCGAGGCCGGCAACAUCGGUGUCUUUUUGAGACACCUUAACAGCCCACUGACACACCUCGAGCUUGCCAUCGAAGAUCCCCCCGACAGGGCGGACUGGCAGGACCUCGCAUGGGAGAUAUGCGAGCGCUUUGGUGAGACUCUGCUCUCUGUCCGCGUGUUGGCCACAGCCGCGGCUCGUUACAACGAGCUCAUGCGCGUCACCUCCCGAGGUGGAGAGGCUGUUUACCGUCACCUUCCCCUCGACCAUUUUACCUACCUUCCUUCUCUCGUGCGCUUCGAGAUCGACUUGCCCGAGUCUGCGAUAUUCUACGACAGAGACCUCCUUGCCAUCGCCCAUGCGGCGCCUCAGAUUGAGAUCCUCCGACUCUGCUCUACGGCGCGGUUCCCCGCGUCCAUGAUCCCUCCUUUGACUCUUGAGGGUGUCGGUGCUCUUACCAAGCACUGCCGCAAACUCCAUACCCUCGGCGUUGUUGUCGACGCGCGUGUCGGCUCAGACAAAGUAUUCCAUGACCUGGAGGUGUCGUCCCGGUCUCUGUACCGCUUACACGUCGGGCAUUCCAUGAUCACCGAUCCAUUCCCCGCUGCUGUCCUCCUCAGCCACAUCGCUCCUCACUUGGAGAUCUUGAAGUUCUUCCAUGAUAAGAACCGCCCAGGCUACGUCGAGGCGAACGCUGUCGGCUGGCAGAAAGUCACAGAAUGGCUUCCUCACCUCCAGCGCAUGCGUCUGCUGGAGCGCCGUAAGGUCGCAGAGUUCCUCGCGAAGCGCCCCGUGAAGGUUCACAGGAGUGUGGACGCCACGGUGAACAAAGUCAUGGUCGAGCAGGGGAUGCAGGCGCAGCCCUCGAUGGUCAGCAAGAUGAUCGCUGCUAAGCCAGACCUCCUAGACGCGUUCGUUGACGCGACUCCCUCAAAGCGCAGUGUUGAAAUUAGCGCCAUUCCUUCCAUCGUACACCAAUCUGUGGGUGUCAGCCCCAAGAUGACUUCGGUCGAGAUCGACGCUACCCCCGCCGCCGUGUCGAAGGCCAUCGACCUCAGGGGCUUACCUUGA